GUUCCGUCUAAAGAUGGUGUCUUAUGUCUUGUAAACAAUUGAUGCGGAAAUUAAUUUUUACACAGUUAAUUAAAUAUACUAUAAAAGAAAACUACUUACUGUAAUACUAAAAUACUUAAAGCUUAGGUAGGCCUAAUAGUUAACAGUUUUAGAUAUUCUUAUUUUCGUUAGGCUUAUAUUAUUAAAUCGUUGACAAUCAUUUCUCACUUCGGUUUACAGUUUCUCACUUUUUAUGAAAGAGGCCUAAGCCUAAGCCUUAUAAAAAAUAACUAUAUCUACAUAAUUUAUGUAGAUAUAUUUAUUUUUUAUAAGGCUUAGAACUUAGGCCUCUUUCUUAGUACAUCUUAGUCUUACUUCUUUUCUUUAAAUUUACACUCGUGAUCUUUUUGUGUGUUUUGUUUAACAUGUCAUGAUUGAGGAUGGGCCUUCUUCUUAUAAUUAUAACUUAUACUUAUUUUAAGAAAACAAUUAAUUUUGUUUUGUUGUUGCAAUUUGAUUUGAAGAAAAAAUAGACUAGACGGCUUUACAAUUUAGCGUUAACUAAUACUAUCUGGACUAAAUUUUAUAAAGAAUACACGUAAGUUUACUUGCGAUAAUACGAAAUUCGAUCAGAAAUAAUACACACACCUGAACUGCAAGAUUACUAAAAAUGCUAAUAAUGGCAUUACCAGUACCAGUAUUAAAUUACUAAAUUAGGUAAGGGGAUAGGGACUAUGAAAUAGUGUUAGUGGUUGAGUGAAGUGCUGUAUGUAGGUAAACUUAAUUUGGCUGCUCUUAAUAGUUUUAUUAAUUUAAUUAGUGGACUUUGUUUUAAAUGGGGACACAUAAGUUUUCUGCUACUUUAAUAACAAUGUUAUUUUUACUUUAAAACUUUAGGCCAUUGGUGAAAACUGGUUCAGCCAAACCAUUUCCUAGUUUUAGUUUUUGUUGAGUUUGGCAAACAAGUUAUUAAAUUAUGGAAAUAUCUUAAAUAACAGUGUUAUUGUAAGUUUUAUUUUUUGUCAGGUACUAUUUAAUUUAAUAUUUCCAUUAAUAUUUUGAAACUUUCUUAUAACAUAAUAACAUAGUUGUCCUAAUUUAGUUCUGUGUACCUGAUGGUCAUCAGGGCAGACAAAAGUUGUUAAAAUAUUUGAUUCCUCCCCCCCCCCCCCCUGAAAAAAACAAACAAACAAACUGCUUUAGCAUUUAUAUUGAUUUAAACCUAAUCAUUCACCCUUACAACUACCUCUGAACUCCCACCCCUCAAAUCAACUUACUGACAACUUCUUUCCAAAUCAGGCAAUCCCAUCUCAACCCUAGUCCCCUAUUAGGUCACACUCUCCCCCAUUUACCCUUGCCUUAUUCCUCUCACCUUACCACAUCACUCUAGUCCUUUAUAAGAGCAAUUUAGUUAAUCUUUUUAAAAUAUUAAAAUUGAACUUUCCACUAUACAAUAUUAACUAUUAACCCCAAAAAAUCUUUUUGUUCUUACUUCAGAGAGAAUAAAAUUAGAAAUGAAUUAAUUAGAAUUCAGGAAUCAGUUGUAUCAUUUGAAUAUACUUCCUUCUACCUAAAAAUAAACUUGCAUACACAGGGCACAAGUAAUUAAGCUACUGAUAUAUUAUUAUUACUUGUCAGAUUGGGAAAAACUGUAGAUGUCAAUGUGGUCAAAGGCUGAUAAAAACUAAUAUAAUGUCUCAAUCACAUAGAAGUUCAAGUAUUUGUUACAAAUCAGACAUCUCUAUUUUUUUUUCAAGUCGAAAUUUCCCUUUUCUAUAGUGUGUUUGUUCUUUUAAAGUUUGUUGCCUGGCGGCAAACAUUUAAUUUUUUAGAAUAUACAUAAUUACUAGAGAAAAAAAAACACAUGCAUUAUAACUUAAUUACUCAUUAAGAUUUGAGAUAAUGAUGUAGAGUGUAAGUUUCUAUUUAUGUAAUAUUUUAAGCUCUUGCAGAAUCCAGUAAAUGUCAAAAAAAGACAGAAGACGUGUGCUGGCACAAAUAUGGGGAACACCAACAAGUCACGAUAUAGACAUGGUUGAUGAAGGCGACCAAAUUGUAGUUUUCUCAAAUUUCAGGGGCAUUAUCAAUUGGUGGAUGGAGAUAUUCAAGGUCUGUAAAUAUACCAUCUAUUAAUUUCAUUUUAAAUAUAAUUUUGACUGACAAAUAACUUUACAAGAAUAUCAAUACUUAAAUAUAUAGAUCAUUUUAUGAUAAUCAAAUGAUUAAUAUAAUGGAUUUUCAAUAAUUAUAAAGUAAUAUUGAUGUGAUUCUGACAUUUUAUUUCAGACUUACUAUCCAAACAUCAAGUGUCGUGAAAAGGGAGAUAUCAUUAAGAUUAAACCAACCAUGGGUGUGACCAUCAAAUUGAAUAAAACAACAAAACUCAUGAGAGUCAGUGGUAAAAAUCACUGGCCAUGGUUUGUCGAUACUUUUGAAAAAUUAUUAGAUAUAGGUAAUGGAGAUGCCAUUGAACUACCAAGUGAUGGAGCAUCUGGUGUCUCAGAGAAUUCAGUCACUAGAUAUCUGCAAUUAAAUAAAGAUGAUGAAGAGGUACAUUAAACAACUAAUUUUUAAACUUAAUGGGACAUUUCCUAUCUGAUUUUUUUCGCUCUUUUAAAUAACUUCGUAACAUUUUAUGUGGGCCAUUGACAUUGUACAAACUUAAUCUUCCAGUUUAUUUUUAGUAAGGGAAUUAAAUAAAAGAAUUCUAUAUCACUCUUUGUAAAUAAAAUUAUAUUGUUCAUGUCCACAUGUUAAAAAAAUACUUUCAAAAUGCCCAUAGUGUCUGUCUUCUAUAACUAAAAUUUAAAAUGAGAAUUUUUCCUCCUAAUUAACAUGCAGGUUCAGGAUUUGUUAGACCGGAUCCCUGAGGGCGGAGGUAUCAUGCAUCAUGAGUUCAUCAUGCGUCUUUGGAAAAGCUUACUUGAUGACUGGUUUGGAGUGGGAGGGGCUGUUUAUAUAGUUACCCCUCGAAUUGACUCAGAAAGGCUCUUUCAAGUUAUGUUACUGAUGAUAAGGAAUAAAGGCACAGGUUUUACAGUAAGAUGUCUUAAUAUAAAAUUUCAAGAAAUAUUUUUCUGAAUUCUGAGAAGACUUGAAAAUAUUUUGCAAAGACAACUUAAUAUUGAUAUUGUAAAGAAUUUUAUAUUUUAAAGAUGUAGAUUGAUAUAGCAGAUGGGAAUUAAUUAUGAUUAAUAUGGUAAUUUAAGUAUACCAAGUACAGGUUUUGGCUUCCUCUUAGUGGGUAACAAAGUUGCUUUUUUCUCUAACAGAAAUUAAGUUAAAAAAGAAUAAACACUCAAUGCCAGAAUUAUAAUCCCCAAAGAUUUUAAGUUUAUUGCCAAGUUCCUUAAACAGUUAUUUUUUUUAAGUCAGAUUUUUAAAACUUCACCAUUUCAUCCUUCAUGUAAUGGCAACAAUAGACAUUAAAUAUUCUUAAAAAUUGACAAUUUAGGUGACCCUUUUGACCCCAGCUAAACAAGAUGGUGAACGUUUUGAAAAAAUCAUGGAGAAAACCAAACGCAGAAUGAAGGAAGUUAAAACAGCUCAAGAUUCCCGACUUGUUUCAGAUAUCAAGCUCCAGUGGGUGCUUAACACUCUUCAAAUCCAGCACGAAGAAUUUUCUACAAAUUUCAUUGCAGCCCACAAGGAUGAAGAGGGAGAGGUGCUGACCACCACUGCCCACUUUCACAAAUCUCAUUUUCACCACCAGCUGAAGGACAACGUCUGCUAUAAUAGGCUGAGUGCUCAUGAUCUUCGUAAAAAUUAUCUCUUGCCACUCAAUAUUGGUAAUAAUGUUUUUUAAUGGUAAUUUUGUUUUGUGUAUCUGAUGUGUGCAUGUUGAUUUACAUAAUUGCUCAUUCCAAAGUAUUGAAAAAAUUUAAAUCAUAAUUUUUCUGAGAGAAUAUUUGAUGACAAGAAAUAGAAGAAAGAAACAAUAAAGACGAUUAACGCAAUAAUAACUUUUUUGAUCAAUUAUUUGGCCUGACCGCUUGAUGCCCCUGUUAUAAGGGCACUACUUGUUUCAAGAAAAAUAAUUGUACUAAAAAGUAUGUUUUUGCCCUUUAUGUCUGUUGUCAUAUCAAUAGAUUAAAUUAUUUGAUUGACAAAUUUUACUACAUCUUUAUAUUGAUACAAGCUCUUUAAAUAUUUUAAUUUUUUCCUUUAAAAUGAAAUCUAUUUCAACAAGGUGUAUUAAAAUUAAACAACAUAAAUCUGAAACUCAAAAAAACACACAAAAAAACACUACAGAUUAUCAAGAUUUAGCAUAUUGAUAAUUGUUGUAGUGAUAUUGAAGUUCCAUUUACAUUCCAUUUUUAAAUUAGUUCAAAGUGGUUGUGAAUUUUUAACUUACAUUCCUAGGUAUAAAUUAAAAUUAGCUAUAAAUAUGGCCUUUUAAAAACUUUAUUUUGGAAUUUUUGUUGUAAAUAGUAAAUGUUCUACUCAAGUUGUAAUUUUACAUUGUUGUAUACAUGAAUUAUUUCUCUAUUUGAAUGACUCGGUGCCUUUUUAAAAAUAUUGUGUUGCCAUUUUCAUUUGUACAGAUUCACAUGUUAGUGUAUUAGCCAGAAAAUCGGGAAAAUAAACUUCGUUUCUUUUAUUAUAUGUGUCUUUUAUUUAUGUUAUUAUUUUUAGCACAUUAACACAUUUUUAGCAGGAUUAGAGCUAUCACACAUUUAUCAGAUUAAGAACAUAAAGAUUGCUUGUUAUUAAACUCAUAAAUGUACAAUUGAUGGAAGUUUAUUUCUAUUUAUAGGAAAAUCUAUUGCUGAUUUUAUUAAGUUAUUAAUUUAUAACUUGUAUUUUUGUCUAAUAAUAUAAUUAUUUUGUAUAUGAAUAUAGAAUAUAAUAUUUUCUUUAGUCAACAGGUCUUUUUUUUUUUCAAAGACAAAUAAAUUUUUAAAGUUUUAAAUUUCAGACAUACCCAAAAUGUAAAAAAAAUAAUUAAUUUAUACUUAAAGAAAAAUAUUUAUAUAUAAAGUUCAUAGGUAUGUAAAUUAAAUAAACUUGUGAAAAAGAUACUGCUUAAUCAUUUAAUAUUUUGUUUAUUAUUUAAAGGUGGUACUCUAAUCUGUCCAGUGUUAUCUGUACAUUCUUAUAUACACAGUGUCCAGAAAAAAGGGAAUCAUUUUGAUGAUUGGUCAGUGGAGAGUGCUUCUUGAAGCCUGUGUUGAUACUAAUGGACACUGUCGAGUAUGAGCGUUCAUUAGGAAUUGUUGCGACUCAAUAUUAUGUUCAUUAGUUGUUGAACGCUUUUCCCGCGCUUGACUAUUAUAGUUAGUGAACGCUCUUCCCGCCAUUGUAAUCGUGACGUAUUGUCUAUGCAGUGUUGUGACGUAUGUUGUAGUCGUGCGGCAGUCUUGAGUGGAACCUUGGAGUGAUAGGAUGUUUAUUAUAUUUACUUAGAUAUUAAAGUUAUAGUUAUUAGGAAAAGGAGUUGAGUUUGUUAAUUGAUAGUUAGAAUAGUACGACGCUUCAACGUAUGAAAGAACUGACGAAUGUAAUCAAUCCAAGAAGACGUUAGGAGUUGACAUGGGGGCUUCUCAUCCGGGAUUGGUGAACCUCGUUAUUUUCAUACGUGAGGUAAAGUACAAGAACAUUCUUAUUAUUCAACUUUGGUGAAGUUACAACCAUCGUCCAUUGUUCCCGUAUUUCAAUGUCGAAGCCCCGCUGCCACCGUGUGUCAAGUUUAUGUGAGUUGCAUACACCAGUAACUCCAUCA